AUCCAGAAAAAAAAAAUACAUGUGUGUGUAAAGGCAAUGUUUACAUCUAAUAUUAAUUCCACAAUUUAACCAAAUUAAAUAAUAAUAAAAAAACAAUAACAGUUUAUAACAAUUUAAAUAAAUAAUUAAAUCUAAUAGCAACAAUGUAUUGUCAUUAUUAAAUUAAAUAAUUUACGUGUAUUUAUUUAAUUGUGAAAAUAUGAUGAGUGUGUAAGUGUGACAAGACGUGACUUGAAAUAGCAAAAAUAAUUAUUGCAAAUAAUUGCUCAACUAUUUAAUAAAUUAAUGUAUAAAAUUAUAUCUAUGAUUCAUAAAAAGAUUAUAUGUACAUUAAAAUUAUUUAAAAAUGCUUGAGGGACUUGUUGCCUGGGUAUUAAAUAAUUAUCUAGGCAAAUAUGUUGAAAAUUUAAAUACUGAUCAGCUGAGUAUUGCUCUAUUAUCAGGUGAGGUUGAACUUGAAAAUUUACCACUUAAAAAAGAAGCACUAAGACACAUUGGAUUACCAAUUGAAAUAAAAGCUGGAUUUAUUGGUAAAGUUAGACUUCGUGUACCUGUUAGACAAAUUAGAACAGCACCAUGGGUGAUUGUUAUCGAACAACUUUAUUUAGUGGCUGGACCAAUAAAAUUAGACGAAUACGACAGCGAAGUCGAAGAACAAAUAAUACAAGAAUACAAACACAGUCGUUUAGAUACAUUAGAAGCAAGUUGGCGAGCAAGUACAGAACGUGAUCCAGGUUAUUAUGCAACGAGUUAUAGUUCCUGGUUAAAUUAUGGAACUUCACUAGUCACAAAUAUUAUUGAAAAUCUUCAAUUAAAUAUAAAAGAUGUACAUUUAAGAUUUGAAGAUGAUUUAAUUUUAAGUAAUGAUACUGGUAUUGCUCUUGGUAUAACAAUAAAAGCAUUAUCAGCAAAAAGUUGUGAUUCAACAUGGACACCAGGUUCAACAUCAUGGAAUUUUGAUGAUGCUUCAUUUAAACUUAUGGAACUUGAUGGUUUAUCAAUAUACUGGAAUCAUAUGACUAAAAAUGAAAUGUUUAGUCGUUUAAAUCUUGGUGAUUUAGCUAUUGCAAUGAGUGAAUCACGUAAUGUUAAAAAUAAUUAUAUAUUAUCACCAGUAAGUGCUUGUGCACGUAUAAAACGUGAUCGUUGUGAAAAACCAUUAAGAUCAUUAACACGUCCAAGAAUAAUUGUUGAUUUAAAAUUAGAUGAAGUACCAAUGUCAAUAACAGAUGAGCAAUAUGAACAAAUUGUUAAAUGUAUUAAAUCAUUAGAAGAUAUUGAUCAACAAAGACGUCGUCGUAGAUGUCGACCAAUUGAUACAAUUAAAAAUCAACCAAAAGAAUGGUGGAAAUAUGCUGUACGUUGUCAUCUUGGUAAAAAUGCAUUAAAAAAUAAAAUAUCAUGGAAUGAUAUUAUUCAAAGAGGUAAAGAUAAUGUUAUUUAUGUUGAAACAUAUAAAAAAUUAUUAGAUAGUCCAACAAUAAUUUUAUCAGAUGAUUUAAAAGCUAUUAAAGAUAAAGUUGAAUUUGAAAGAAGUUUUGAUGAAAUAAGAGUAUUACGUGAAUUAGCAAUGUCCAUGGUUAAACCACCAAAUAAUAAACAAAAUGAACAAGAUAUAACAUCACAAAAUAUAAAUAAUACAUCACCAGCAGCAAGAGGUAUGUUAGUACAAUGGUUUCCACAAUGGUGGGGAUGGUAUUCAAAAACAUCAUCAAAUAAUAGUAAUUUACAAACAUCAACAAAUACAUCAACAUUUGAUGGUGAAUUACUUGAUGCACUUGCUGAAACAAUUGAUGAUAAUACAUUAUUACGUAGAGAUACUGUAUUUGGACAAUUUAAUUUUACAUUAUCAAAAGGUGCAAUAUCAUUGUGUACAAAAAAUAAUAAUAAUAAUAAUACAUCAGAUGUAGUAAAAAAAAUAUUUGAAUUACAAUUUGAACGUGUUAAUUUGAGUUAUGAAUCAAGACCAAGAUCUGGUUCACAUAAAUUUUCAAUAAGUCUUGGUGCACUUUAUUUACAUGAUUUUUUAACAGUAAAUUCAAUGUUUCCAAUUUUAAUACAGCCACAAAUAUCAUCAAUAAGUUCAUUAAAAUUAAAAACACAAACAGAUAAAAUUAAUAAUCAACAACCACAACAACAACCAUUAUUUGAAUUAAUAUAUGAAAAAAAACCAUUUAAUAAUAAUGUUGAUCAUUCAUUACAUCUUUAUUCAAAAUCACUUGAUAUUAUAUACAAUCAAAUGGCAGUUAAAUGGCUUAUUGAAUUUAUAAGUAAACCAUAUAAAGAUUCAUCAAAUCAACGUCUUCAAGCAAUGAAACGUAGAACACGUAGACAAUUAAUAAAAAAUUGGGAACAAAUAUUAGAGAGUGAUUUUGUAUAUCGUUCAUCAUGGGAUUUACAAUUUAAUAUAUCAGCACCACAAAUAUUAUUAGUUGAAAAUUUUCAAGAUGAUUCAAGUGCUGUUGUUGUUGUUGAUUUUGGUAGAUUACAUUUAACAAAUAAUAUUGAUUUUAAAAAAAUAAUUAUACGUCCUGGUUCACCAAAUAGUGAUGAUGAUACAACUGAACGUGAUGCUAAAGAUUUAAAAAUAGAUAAAGAUGAUGGUGGUGGUGGUAAUGAUGAUGAUGACGAUGAUGAUGAAAGAUUUCAAACACCUUGUUCAACACCACCAGGUUCACAAGAAAAUGAAUCAAUUCAAGAUUUUCAAGGAAUAUCAGAAAGUGCAUUACAUCAUAAAUUAUAUGAUAAAUAUAUAAUUAAUUUAUCUGAUCUUCAAGUAUUAGCAGCAAAAGCUAAAAAAGAUAAUUGGAAAGGUGCAAGAAUACGUGGAAUGUCAAUAUAUCAUGUAUUAGAAAAAUUUAAUAUAUCAUUACAAAUUGAAAGACGUGUUGUAUCAACAAUUGAUCCACAAUAUCCAUCAUUAACAAUAUCUGGUAAUUUACCAAGACUUGUUGUUCGUAUUAAUGAACAAAAAAUUGAUAUACUUAGAUCAAUGCAACAUUUAUUAAUAACAAAUUUUUUAGAUAAUAAUAAUACAGAUAAUACAAAAUCAUCAUCUGUAUUAUCACCAUCAUCAAAAUAUGAACCAGAUAGUCCAAAAAAAGAAGAAAAUUAUGAUAAAACAAUGAAUCGUGCAAUAAUGGUACAAUUUAUAAUUGAUACAAUGUCAUUUGAAUUACAAUCACGUGGUAGAAGUGUUGCUGAAUUAAAAGUAUCUGGUGUUAAAGCAGCAAUGAAUAAAACACCACAAGAUUUAGGUAUAUCAUUAUCAGUACAUGGAUUACUUCUUGUUGAUGCAAUGCAAGAAUUUGGUCCUGAUUUUGAGUUACUUGUUGCUAGUCAUAAACACGUUGGUAUGGAUAGUGUAUCUGGUAGUUUACGUGAUUCUGAACCAACAUCACCAGUAUCACCAUGUUCACCAGGUUCACCAGAUUCAACAAUAACAAGAAGAUUAACAUCACCAAUUGCAUUAACACGUGCAUUAUCAAGUCUUGCAAAUGACACAAAAAAUCCAUUAUCACCAAGAAAUAAUUCAUUUUUAGGACUUGAACAAUUUGAUAAUGAAGCAUUAAUUGUUGUUGAUUUAACAAUUAUUGAAAAUACCGAUGAAAAUUUAAGAAUAGCAAAUAUACAAUUUAAUAAUUUAGAUAUUAUUGCAAAUCAAGAAACAAUUGUUGAAUUAAUGGGUUUUGUUAGAAGAAUAUUACCAUCAAAUAAAAAAUUAAAAAAUAAAAAAUCAUUACAUCAACAAGAUUCAUCAUAUUUAAAUCAAUCAUCAAUUGAAAUACCAGGUAAACAAACAAGAACUGAAAUAACAUUUGAUUUUCAUCGUUUAAAUGUUUUAUUAAUGAGAGCUGUUAUGCAAGAUUCACAUUUAAUUGGACAAAAAAUAGCAACAGCAACAAUGUCAAGUGCUAGAAUACAAGCAACACUUUCAAUAAAUACAUCAAUAUCUGGUUCACUUGGUGGUUUACAAAUAUUAGAUCAAACAUUAACUGGUAAAACACAUCAAAGAAUAAUAAGUGUUGGAAGAGAUCCACUUGUUGAUACAAUUAAUCCACCAGUUGAACAUAUAACAAGUUUAUUAAAUCAACCUGAUGCAUUUAGAUUUUCAGCAAGUCGUUUUACAAAUACAUCAAAAACUCAAUCAUAUCCAGAUGAUGUUAAAAUAACAGUUAAAAUUGGUAGUGUAUGGUAUACACAUGCACCACAUUUUAUAUCUGAGCUUAGAUCAUGUGCUGAUGAAUUUAAACAAUAUUUAAGUAAUCUUGCAAGGCAUAUUGGUGCAGCAGCAACUGAUAUGGCAAUGGGUCUUGUACAUGCUGAUGAUUGGACAGUUGGACCACAACGUAAACGUUUACCAAGUUUUUCAAGUGUCGAUGGUUAUGAUGGUAAUAAUAGUAGUGGUGGUAAUAAUAGUUUAUUACCACUUGAAUUAGAUGUUAUACUUGAUAGUCCAGUUCUUGUUAUACCAAGAUCAUCACAUAGUAGUCAGGUGUUUGUUGCACAUCUUGGUACAAUGUUACUUCAACAUAAACCAUCUGAUAAUUCAAAACAAACAGUUAGUUUUGAAGUACGUAAUAUGAAUUUAUAUUCACUUGAUGUUGCUACAAAAAUAACAGCAACAAAUUUACCAUUAAGAGCUGAUGAAAUGUAUAAUUGUAAAGAUUCUGGUAAACCAAUAUUACAUGAUACAUCAUUAAAAAUAAUGGUUGAAAAAGAAUUUAUAUCAUCUGUACAUAGUUCAGGUUUUUUUAUUGAUCAAGAUUUUCAAACAAAUACUCAACAACAGCCAUUUGUUCAAGUACAUGGUAGUGUUAUAACACCAUUAAAAGUAUCAUUAUCACGUGGACAAUAUGAACAAUUAUUAGAUACUGUACAAGUAAUUUUUUCAACUGGACAAUCAAAUAAUUUUAGUAAUAUUCCACCAGUUGAAUGUGUAGAUAAUAAAUUACAAAAUUCACAACGAUCUUUUCAUGUUUCAUUAAAAGUUUCAUUUGAAUUACCAACACUUAGUAUUGAAUUAAAACAAGAUCAUUCAGAUCAACCACUUGUUAUGCUUUCAAUGCAAGAAUUUAUAGCUAAAUAUGAAAAAUUAUCAAAAAAUGAAUCAAAAACUGAAGUUGCAUUACGUUCAUUAGUAAUGGAAGAUCUUCUUUGUCCAGUUGGUUCAAAACAUAGACUAAUGAUGCAAUCAACAGCACCAACAAGACCAAAAGUACCUCUUGGUGUAUCAAGAUCUUGUCCUGAUUUUGGUUUUAAUAGAAAAUGGCGAAGUGAAAAUAGACGUGGUAGUUUACCUGAUCGUCUUGAAACUGCUACACUAUAUGGACCAGUACCAGCUCAUUGGAGAAAAGCAAUGUCAUUAAUUGGUACACCAAAUACACCACCACCAUCACCAGGUGUUGUAACAUGUGAAGAAAAUCUUGUUUUAAUAAGUAUUAAAAUGAUUGAAUCACCACCAAAAGAUACAGAUAUUAAUGCACAACCAAAAAUUCAUAAAACAGUAUGUAUAGAUUUUAAUUGUUUAGAUUUAAUUGUUAGUGUUGAAUCAUGGAUGAUUGUACUUGAUUUUUUUGGUAUUGGAACAAGUGUAGAAACAAAUAAUUCACAAACAUCAUUUCAACAUAUUGAAACUGUAUCAACUGCAACAAUUGCAACAACAACAUCAUCAACAUCAUCAUCAACACAAAUAUCAUGUGGUAAUUAUGAUAAUAAUGAUACAAAUACAUAUAAAAAUCUUGAAUCAGAAACAGAUAUUGAAAUAAGAUCAUUGACACUUGUAUUAACACGUACUGAUCGUGAAAUUGCAAAAGCAAAUAUAUCAAAUGCAUCAAUGACAAUAAUAAAAGGUAUUGAUAAAUCAAAAAUAUCUGGUUCACUUGGUUCAAUGUCAUUACUUGAUUUAACACCACAUGGACGUUUUUAUCGUGAAAGAUUUUUAUCAUCUGGUAAAAAAGCACUUAAUUUUCAAUAUUCAAGUUAUGAAAAUUCACAAAAACUAUCAUAUGAUGCUAAAUUAAAAUUACAAAUGUCAGCUGUACAUUAUGUACAUACACAAAGAUUUGUUGCUGAAUUACAAGCAUUUUUUCGUCAUUUUUCACAAUUACGUGCUGUUAUGAAAAAUUUACGUGCUGGUGAUGCAGCAAUAUUAAAUGUUAAUGUUGAAAGAGGUAUAAGAUUAUCAUUAGAUCUUCAUGCUGGUGCACCAGUUAUACUAUUACCAGUAUCAUCACAAUCAGAACAAUUAAUUAUUCUUGAUCUUGGUGAAUUAACUGCUCAUAAUUCAUUUCAUUUUUCAAAAAUUAAAGAUUCUUGUUUAUUAGAUGUUAUGCAUCUUGAAUUAGUUAAUAUGGAUGUUUAUGCAGCAAAAAGACUUAAUAACAUUGAUUUUGAACGUAAUGAAACUGACGAUGAUGAUGAUGAUACUAAUGAUACUAUUAAUAAUUUAAUGAUUGGUGGUUUUUAUAUUAAAAAACUUGGACCAAGUUUGUUGACUGAAAAAUGUCAUUUAAGUUUGAGAAUUGAAAGAAAUUUAGAUACUUAUUUAAGCAGAGAUAUUCCAGACUUGAGUGUACAUGGAACAUUGUCAACAAUGAAUUGUGCAUUAGAUCCAGCUCAGUAUAUGUUAAUACGUGGUUUAUUGUCUUAUAAUAUUGGUGAAAAUCUUGAUGAUGUACGUUUAUUUUUAGAUGACAUUGGAAAUAUUGGUGAUACAAAAGAAUUGUUUAAUUCUGAAGAAACAUUGGGAACUAUUGGUGGUAAAAUAUGGACACGUUCUUGUAUUAUUUUAGAUAUUGUUAAUGUUACUGUACAACUUCAUCCAAAUCAUGGAAUAGCACCACUUGCUUGUGUUAAUUUAAUUAAAUCAAGAUUAACACUUGAUUCAUUGAGUGAUGGUUCACAAGAUAUUGAUUUAGUUUCACAAGAAAUACUUAUAACUGAUACAAGAUUUAAAGAUGAACCAGUUAAUAAAAGAUCAAAUGUAUUUACAAGUAUAUUACAGCCAUUAAAAAAAUUUGGUAUUGGUACCGGUGAUCGUGUACAAGCUGAAAUACAUUUUAGAAGAAGAAAUAAUAAUUCAGCAACAACAAUAUUAUUACAUAGUAUGAGAUUAACAGCAAUAUUAGAUUGGUGGGAAGCUGUUAGAGAUUUUUUAAUUUUAAAUUCACCACAACCAGAUUUAAUAAUAAAUUUACAACAACCACAAACAAUAACUGAAACACAAAAUCAAACAAAUCAACUACCAUUUGAAUUAAAAUUAAAUAUAACAGAUUCAGAACUUGUUAUUGUUGAAGAUACAUCAUUAUGGGAUACAAAUGCUGUUAUAUUAAAAUCAACAGCUGUACUUGCAUAUAAAUCAUGUCCAAUUGAACGUGAAAAACCAUUAUCAUGUAAUUUAUCACAGUGUGAAUUAUAUUCUUGUAUUUUAGGAAUUGAAGAAGAAACAGCAUUAUCAAUAAUUGAUCCAGUUGGUGCAACUUUUGAAUUAACACAAGAUAAAAUAUUAGAAAUUCAUCUUAAUCCAUUAAAUGUUAAAUUAAGUUAUCAUGAUGUAACAAUGUUUUGUAGAAUGUUAAAUUCAUUACCAAAACAAACAUUAUGGGCUAAAAAAAGAUCAUUAUCUGGUCCACCAGCAAAUGCAAUAACAAAUCAUAUUGUUAAAUUAUCAGCACUUGGUUUUAAAGAAAUUGAUUGUGAAGCUGCAUUAAAUAAAUGUAAUGGACAAUUAGAUGAUGCAGCAUUGUGGUUAACACAAAAUGCUAUACCAAAUCCAAUUGACAAUAAUAAUAAUAAUAAUUCAAAAUUUGGUUUUAAUGUUAUUCAUAUUGAAACAUCAUGUUUAAGAAUUUGUGUUAUUGAUGAUUGUCGUGAUGCUGAUGUACCACUUAUUGAAUUAGUAUUAAUGGAUUUUUCUUUAAAACAAAUACUCAAUGGUCCUGGUUUUAUGACAUCAACAUUUGGUGUUGAUUAUUAUAAUCGUGUAUUAUCUGGUUGGGAGCCAUUUAUUGAACCAUGGAAAGCAACAGCACAAUGGGAAUAUUGUCGUGGACAAAAUACAACAAUAAAAAGAUUAAAAAUAAAUAUUGAUUCUGAUGAUUCAGUUAAUGUUAAUGUAACAUCAACACUUGUUGAAUUAAUAAAACUUGUCAAAGAUAAUUGGACACAAGAUUAUUAUUUAUCUAAAAAACAUGAUACAUUUACAAAAAAUUUUGAUUCAUUAAAAAAUCAAGCAUGUUAUAGACGUAGAUCACCAUUUGUUCCAUUUGCAUUAAAAAAUGAUACUGGAUCAAAAUUAUGGUUUAAAACAUUUAUUGCUGUUGCUGAUGAUAUUUAUUGUGUUGAUAAAAAUCUUAUAAAUGAUUCAUCAAAUUUAAAAAAAGAUAAAACAUGGUCAUGUGUAUUAUCUGGUGAAACAAUACCAUUUACAUUUGAAGAAAGAGGAAAAGUACGUCAUCAAUCAACACACAGUGUACGUCGUCAUCAAGUUAUUGUAUUAGUUGAUGGUUGGCAACCAGUUGAUCCAGUUACUGUUGAUAGAGUUGGUAUUUAUUUUCGUUAUGCAACAACUGAUCAAAAAACAAUAAAUAAUAAUAUAAUGACAAAAGCACGUGUUGUAUUUUCAGUUGAACUUGAAGGUUCAGCAAGAAAAUUAGUAACAAUUAGAUCAGCAUUACAAAUUGUUAAUAAAAUUGGUUAUUCAGUUGAUAUUAAAUUAGAAAAACUUGGUUUAAGUCAAUUUAAUUAUCCAGGUAUACCAGGUGUACCAGGUAUACCUGGUGUACCAUCAGUAUUUUCUGGUACAUCAACAACAACAAAAAUACUUCAUGUACCAGCAAAUUCAUCAAUAUCAGUUCCUUUGACACAUACAAAUGUUAAAAUGUUUGUUAAACCAGAAUAUCCAAAUAUGUUAUUUCAAUAUUGCAUGGAGCCAAUUGAUUGGACAUGUGUUAAAAAACCAAUGGAAAUAAUUGAAACAAUAACAACAUGUAAAACAAAUCAAAGUAAUAUAUUUAAUAUGUGUAUAUGUAUUAGACGUGAUAAUUAUCCAAUUGAUUUAACACAACAAAUAUUACCAGCUCAUACAAUAAGUCUAUUACCACCAGUGACAUUAACAAAUUUAUUGCCACAUGAAUUAUUUUAUCAAGUACCAACAGCUGAAUCUGGUCGUAUUGCACCAGGUUGUAAUGCUGAUUUACAUAAUCAUAAUAUUGAAGAACAAUUAGAAAUAACAUUUCAAUUAGAUGGUUAUCCUGGUAGUGGAACACUUAUUAUAUCACAAUUAACUGGUUCAUUUGUAUCACGUAUGAGAUUAACUGAUUCAUCUGGUAGAAUAUUAUUUCUUCAUGCUGCUGUUGUUAUUGAAAAAGGUUCUGGUGUACGUAUUAAUAUAACAGCACCAUAUUGGAUUAUAAAUAAAACUGGUUUACCAUUAGUAUUUCGUCAAGAGGGAGUUGGUAGUGAAGCUGCUGGACAAUUUGAAGAACAUGAAAAAGCACGUAUGGUUGCACCAUUAUUAUUUUCAUUUUCUGAUGAAGAAGCAAGUCGUACAUUAUCUGUACGUGUUGGUAUGUAUGUACAUACAAAUGGUGUAUCACAAUGGUCACAACAUUUUCAUUUACAACCAGGUGUACAAGUACAUCGUUUAAGAAUAAGUUUACGUACUGGUAGACCAGAUAUUGUUUAUUUAAUUGGUGUAUCAACAAGAUUUGCACGUGGUAGAUAUCGUGCAACAACAGUUGUAACAUUAUCACCACGUUAUCAAUUACAUAAUCGUUCAUCAUGUACUCUUGAACUUGCACAAAAAUGUUUUACAACAACAAUUAGUCAUCCAGAUGCACAAGCAACAUAUAUUACAGCAAUGCCUGAUUGUCAUAUGCCAUUUCAUUGGCCAAGACUUGAUAAAGAUCAAUUAUUAUGUGUACGUAUUAUUGAUGUAGCUAAUUGUAAUUGGUCUGGUGGUAUUAUUAUUGAUGGUAAUCAUUCAUUAACAAUAAAUAUUAGAAAUUCAUCUGGUAAAAUGCAUUUUUUAAGAGUUGAUGUUGUUUUACAAGAGAGUACAUAUUUUAUUGUAUUUACUGAUGCAAAUACAAUGCCACCACCAAUUAGAAUUGAUAAUUUUUCAGAAGUACCAUUAGCUAUUAAUCAAGAUGGUGUACUUGAUUGUCUUCAAUGGACAGUAAGACCACAUUCAUCAGUACCAUAUGCACUUGAUGAACCAACACAAAAUGCAAAUAUAACAGUAACAGCACCUGGUGGUGUUACUGGUGUAUAUGAUUUAAAUCAUCUUGGUGAAAAUCGUGGUUUAACAUAUGAAAAUUUUAUUUAUAUUGCUUUUACUGGUACAUUUAAAACUGAUGGUGAUUUAGGAACUGGUGAAGGAGGAUUAGAUCCACUUGAUGUUGAAACACAAAGAUUAGUACUUGAAGCUGGACCUGGUGGUUGGGUUGCACUUAGAAAAAAACAAAAUGGUGCAAGAAAUCAAUUAUGGCGAAUGACUGGUGAAGGACAAUUACAACAUGAGGGUUCAAGUCCACCAAGAGAUAAACAUUCAAGAACACUAGAUAAUACUGUUCUUGUAUUGGAUAUUGCUGGUACUGCACCACAGCCAUUUACAUAUUGUGCAUUGGCAUUAAGACGACCUGAUACAAGAAGACGAUCAACACAAACUUGGCGUUUUACUGAUGAUGGAAGAUUAUGUUGUACACAUAAAAAUAUGUGUGUACAAUCAAAAGAUGGAUUUAUGGGUCUCUAUGAAGGCGGCAGUGUAGCCCGUUGGCAAAUGUGGAGUGAAGCUGUACUGGGACCACAGAUACACACAAAUCCACCUCCAAUUGAACAACAAGUUGGAAGACAACGACUUCGACCUGGUUCUGGAUUUUUAUCAGUCACAGUUGCAACUGAUGGACCAACAAGAGCUCUUCAAAUUCUCGAUAUUAAAGAAAGGAAAAAGACAUUUGCAAUGUUAGAAGAACGUGAUUGGUCACACAUUGCUGUGACUCAACGUCCAAGUCAACUUGGUGCAGGCUACACAUCAUCAUCAAUGACAACUGCAACAACAAGAACAUCAACAACAUCAUCAUCAUCAUCAUCAUCGUCAUCGUCAUUGGGAUUAUCAUCCGAGAUUCAAUUGACAAUAAGUUUACCAUCUGGUCUAGGACUCUCUUUAAUAUCUAGAAGACCAGUUGAAGAGCUUGUAUUUGCUCGUCUUGCUGGAAUAACAUUUGAAACUAUAAGAACAUUAACAAAUACAACAUUAAACUUUAGCAUACUUGAUGUUCAAAUUGAUAAUCAAUUAUUUGAAGCUCAAUGUACAUCAGUACUUUAUAUAACACGUCCAUCACGUGAUCAUCAUGAUGAUAGACCAGCAAUAAAUGUUACAAGUGAAAAAUUACCAUCAAAAAAUCAAAAUGCUGAAAUAUUUAAACAUUUAACAGUUGGUAUUAAACCAUUGUGUAUACAUCUUGAAGAAAAAUUAAUAUUAAAAUUAGCAGCAUUUGUUGGUACUGGAAGAUCUGAUUAUGAAGUACCAGUUGAUGAAAAUGAUUUUAAAGCACAAAGAUUUAUAUCUGAAGUAUCAGCAGCUCAUGCAAAAAGAUAUUAUUUUGGUUUAUUAAAACUUGUACCAAGUCAAGUUAAAUUAAGUGUUCUAACAACAACAAAAUUACCACGUAAUUUACAAUCAAUAAAACGUAAACUUGGAUUAACAUUAAUAAAAUUUGAAGAUGCAACAAUUGAACUUGAGCCAUUUAUAAAACAGCAUCCAUUUGAAAGUAGUCAAUUUUUAAUUCAUUCAAUAAUAAAACAUUAUAAAGAUGAAUUAAAAUGGCAAGCAGCAGUAUUUCUUGGUUCAUUUGAUUUUUUAGGUAAUCCAUUAGGUUUUGUAAAUGAUAUAUCUGAGGGUGUAUCUGGUUUAAUAUAUGAUAGAAGUGUAUCAACACUUGUUAAAAAUGUAACUCAUGGUAUAUCAAAUUCAGCAGCAAAAGUAACUGAAACAUUAUCUGAUGGUUUAGGACGUGUUACAAUGGAUGAUGAUUAUGAAAAAGGUAGACAAAAAAUACGUGCAAAUAUUGCUGGUAGUAGUGAUCAUCUUGUUGCUGGUUUAAAAGGUUUUAGUUUUGGUAUUGUUGGUGGUGUUACAAGUAUAUUUAAACAAACAUAUGAUGGUGCUGCAAAUGAAGGUAUAUCUGGUUUUUUUACUGGUUUUGGUAAAGGUGUUGUUGGUACAAUAACAAAACCAGUUGUUGGUAUGCUUGAUUUAGCAAGUGAAACAGCAACAGCUGUUAGAGAAACAAGUAGAAGUGCACAUAGAACAAUACCAAAAAGAGAUAGAUUACCAAGAGUAUUAACUGGUACUGCUGGUUUAUUACCACCAUAUAAUUCUGAUAAAUCAGAAGGACAAGAAUUUCUUUAUAAUAUUAAUGAUCGUGAUUAUUCAGAAUUAUUUGUUGCAUAUGAUUGUUUAUGUUCAGGUGGUGAAAAUUUAAGUAUACUUGUAUCAGAUAAAAUUGUACGUGUUAUAUCUGGUAGUACUAAAAUUGUUGUUACUGAAGUUAAUUUAGCUGAUUUAUUACAUUGUCAACCAACUAAAAAAAUUGAAACAAAUGGUACUGUAUUAUAUUACAUUGAGCUUACAUCAAGAAUUGAUACAAAUAAUGGAUUAAAUAGUGAUGGUAAUGAGAUACUUAGAAGACCAAAAGUACGAUGUGACAAUCAUGAUAUUGCUAAAUGGGUAUCACAACAAAUUAACUAUGCCAAAGGUAUGCAUCAGGAAAGAAGUUUAACGCUUAUGUCAUCAGACACAAUGAUUGACGAUAUUCAAAUUUAUAAUUGAAUAUAAUUUAUUUCUUUUUCAUUUAUUUUUAUUUUUUUUUAUUUAUAAAGUAUAGGUGUAGGUAUAGAUAUUGUAAAGAAUAUAGAUUUUUAAACUAAUGGGCUGUGAAUAAUUUAUUAUUAAACUUGAG